UGCGCUGGCCCCAGAGUGGAGAAACUGUCGGCUUCUGGGCGACAGCCGCCGGAGGAGAGAAACAUGGCGCUCGUAAGCAACCGAGCGGACCUGGAAGCCGACGAGGACAUCUUUGAAGAUGCCUUGGAAACCAUCUCUAUAUCUUCUCAGUCAGAAAUGGCAACAGGCAAUCUCCACUUUGCAUCCUGUGAUUCAAGUCGGACAUCCAGACAGCUCGGAGGCUCUCACACAAGCAGUUCGUCAUCAACCAAGGUGGAUCUCAAGAGUGGCCUAGAAGAAUGUGCAAUGGCCUUGAACUUAUUUCUAAGUAACAAAUUUACAGAUGCCAUAGAAUUGCUUCGUCCAUGGGCCAAGGACAGCAUGUACCAUGCACUGGGCUACAGUACCAUUGUGGUGUUGCAGGCUGUGAUGACCUUCGAGCAACAGGACAUCCAGAAAGGCAUUUCUGCCAUGAAGGACGCUUUACAAACCUGCCAAAAAUAUAGGAAGAAAUGCACAGUUGUAGAAUCCUUUUCAAGUCUUCUCUCUAGAGGAACACUGGAGCAGCUGAGUGAAGAGGAAAUGCAUGCUGAAAUCUGUUAUGCCGAGUGUCUCCUACAGAAAGCAGCACUCACGUUUGUGCAGGAUGAAAAUAUGAUCAACUUCAUCAAGGGUGGACUCAAAAUUAGAACAAGCUACCAAAUAUAUAAGGAAUGUCUUUCUCUUCUGCAAGUAGUUCAGAAGAACAAACUUCAGCAAGAAUUCUUCUAUGAGUUUGAAGGGGGUGUCAAGCUUGGUACUGGGGCCUUUAAUUUGAUGCUGUCCCUUUUACCAGCAAGGAUUAUCAGACUGCUAGAAUUUAUUGGAUUUUCUGGAAACAAGGAGUUGGGCCUCCUGCAGCUAAGGGAAGGUGCCUCAGGAGGAAGCAUGCGGUCCCCACUCUGCUGCCUGACCAUCCUUGCUUUCCAUACUUACAUCUCCCUCAUACUCGGUACAGGAGAGGUGAAUGUUGUGGAAGCAGAGCGUCUCCUUGCACCCUUCCUGAAGCAGUUUCCAGAUGGCUCACUCAUGUUGUUUUAUCAUGCCCGAAUUGAGCUGCUGAAGGGGAAUGUUGAAGAGGCAGAAGAGAUAUUUCGAAAAUGCAUUUCAGUUCAAGAAGAGUGGAAACAGUUUCACCAUCUCUGUUACUGGGAGCUGAUGUGGAUUAAUGUAUUUCUACAAAACUGGAUGCAGGCAUAUUACUAUUCAGACCUGCUUUGCAAAGAGAGUAAAUGGUCCAAGGCAACGUAUGUGUUCCUGAAAGCAGCAAUUUUGAGCAUGCUUCCAGAGGAAGAUGUAGUGACCACUAAUGAGAAUGUGGUGGCUUUGUUCAGGCAGGUGGAAGGCCUGAAGCAGAGAAUUGCUGGGAAGUCUCUGCCCACUGAGAAGUUCGCUGUGAGGAAGGCUCGGCGUUACUCCCCGUCCCUGCCUGCACCUGUGAAGCUGGUCUUGCCUGCCCUGGAGAUGAUGUAUGUCUGGAAUGGGUUUUCAAUCGUGGGCAAAAGAAAAGACCUUUCCGAGAAUCUGCUGAUAACUGUCGAAAAGGCCGAGGCGGCUCUUCAAAAAGAAAGUGCCAGCGAAUACUCUGUGGACGAUGAGUGCUUGGUGCAGUUACUGAAAGGAUGCUGCCUCAAGAACUUACAGCGGCCUAUGCAGGCGGAACUGUGUUUCAACCACAUCCUGGCAAGUGAAAAACUCCUGAAGUAUGACCACUACCUGGUGCCAUUCACUAUGUUUGAGUCAGCAUUUCUGUAUAAAAGCCAAGGGGAAAUUGACAAGGCCAUAAAAGCUCUAGAAAAUGCAAGAAACAACUACAAGGACUAUUCCCUAGAGUCCAGACUGCACUUCAGAAUUCAGGCAGCACUGCAUCUUUGGAGGAAGCCUUCCUCAGAACGUGACUGACCAGAACACCAAGGAGGCAAUGUUCCCUCAAUCAGAAGCACUACCUGCUAUAGAUUAAGAUCUUGUAUUAAAAUGGAGAUGAAAUUAUGUGACUAAGACACACCCCCCCCCCAAAAAAAAAGCCAUUUUUGUUGUGAAUGUUUUCUGAGUGAUUCACUGUUGGUCUACUUUUUUUUUUUUUUUUUUGCUAUGGAAUGACAUUCAGUAGUAUCUGGAAAAUUCUUAGAUAUUGCUCUCCAAAAAGGAUUUAAUAGAUUUUAAUUGGGAGAUAAGCAAAUCUCUUAAAAGACCUAAAGGUACAACAACAUCUGGUUAUAUAUUUUUUUAACACUGUUUUAAGUAGAAUGUCUUAUGUGUUGAGUCAUUUUCAGACAUAUUGGUUGGUUAAGCUUCAGUAUUUUGGGGGAAAUAGAACUCUCUUGCAUUGAAGAACAGCUUGACAGUGAUCUAAAAACUCUAGAGAAAGCAGGUAGAGAGCAUGGACAGAGAUGGAGUAAUAUAAUAUUUAAAUUAAAAAUACUUGUAUCUAAGUGAUGAAAUACUAAGCUGUGGAAUUUUUAAAACCAGGUAAAGGUGAGGACAUUUUUGAGGGAAUAUCCUGUUUUUGAAUGUAUUUAAGUCUAUUACAGCAAAACUAAAAAACCUUGUGUAUCUAAAGGGAAAUAAAAGUCAUAUUUUGGAAAUUAUCCUUAAUCUUAGCAAUGUAGGCUGAAAUAUAUGCAUCAAUUAUUUUUCUUAUAGGAAACAAAAUUCUUGCUGCUUUAAUCAAUAUGUAAGAUAUCUGUAAUUUUUACUUCUGAUAUCAGUGAGCAAGAUCUAAUUUUCUAAUCUCUCUAGCACUGUGAUUAUUCCUUGUAAAUACUUGGACUAUGCUUAGUCCUUGAGUUAGGAGACAGGGCAUAGAGUGAGAAAGAGCCCAGCUCCACAUGGUCCUGGCUCUGUCACCAGUGAGCAGUUAAUGAGAUGACCUUUGGAGUGGUCCCUGGCUCCUUGUACCUCUCAUUGUAUUGUCAUCUGUGAAAUGGACAAGGAACCGAUGACUCUCAAGGCCCCUUUAUAACCGUGAACUGGUCUAUUUUCAACAAUGCUAAAAUGUGUAGUCUAAACCACUCCCACCGUGUGUAUAAUAUUUUCCAGUCAUCACCAUUCUUCUCCCUUCCUCCUUCCCUUCUGUGUGUCAUGUGGCUAAGGACCAGACUGGGUGCAGAAAAAGGAAAAAUGGUUUAUGAGUUGACAAAUUGAUGUUUUGUCCCAUUUCUAUUUCAGUUUUUGAACAAUGACUUUGUCUAGCAUCUUCUGCCUUUGAAAGGAAAUGGGAAGUCUGACUCUAUGGGUUCCAUGACUUGGAGUAAGGAAGUGACUCUUAUGGGCUUCAGUUUCUUUGCUGGGGAAAGCAGCAUUAGGAUUUUUUAAUGCACUGGUUACCUUCUCAACAUUAAUAUUGGCUGAGUCUGUGGUCUCUGUUAUAACAGAAGCAUAGGAAUUCAAAAAUUUCAAAUUUAUUAAUGCUUUUGACAACAACAAUAGACUAUGCAUUGCUCUUUGCUGUUCUCUUGUGUGAGCCUAUGAGCAAAAGGUGUUUGGUUUUUUUUUUAUUCAAAAUACUGAUUCUUCUUUCUUAUAUUUAAUUUAUUUAUUGGAAAGCAGAGUGACACAGAGAGGGAGAAACAGGAAGAAAGUUCCCUCCACUGGUUCAUUCUCUAAAUGUCCACAACAGACGGGGCUGGGUCAGAUGGCAGCCAGGAACCCGAAUCUCCAUCCGGGUCUCCCAAAUGGGUGGCAGGAACUCAAGUACUUGAGCCAUCAUCUGCUGCCUCCCCAGUCACAUUAGCAGGUCACUGGAUUGGAAUCCCGACUAUCUGGGGUUUGAACUCACUGCAGUAUGGGCUGUGAGAGUCCCAGGCGGUGGCUUAAGUCAGCUGGCCUCUAAGAUUUCCUGAUACUUGGGCUGCAGUUCCAGUGGAGGGUGAUUAGCACAACUUGAAUUUAGACUAUACACUUCUUCAGAUAGAUCAGCAUGUGCUAUAAUUAUGAAUUAUGUAACUUUAAAUAAAAAGAGGAAAUAAAAUUAUCAGUCUGAGCUUGUGUGGAAAUAUGUUCAAUACUUAUUUUUGUGUAUAAUUGUGUAAAAGCAUACAAAUUCAUUAGAAGAGCUCUGGUAGCUUUAUUUUGUAAAGCAUAUAUAUCUAUUGACAUUAUGCUAUAAAAUGAAAAAUUAAGAGUGUUUAAUUCUUUUGAAAGAUAUAUGAAAGAGAAUCAUCUGUCCCAUAAAUUUUUCCUUUGUUAUAUUUUCUUAUUUUGAUUUAUUCAUUGCUUCCCAUUCUUUUUUAUAAUUCCUUAGUAAGAUGGACAAUCCAGCAGAUUAUUAAAUAAUGUAAUACCUUUAAUGCUAAAGAUGUUUGUAUUUCCUGUCAUGUUCAGAAUACUUGGCUGGUACCAGUUUCUGGUGACAUCAGCUAAUGUUGAAUUUUCUGGAUUAUUUUGUAAUUUUAAAGUGUUAUAUGAAGAAUGAGUGCUGAAGUAGCAAUGUUUUAUUUAAUAUUUUCUGGUGCAUAUGUGAUGGGAUUGGGCUGCCAAUGUGUCUGAUAGUGCAAUUUGUAUAGUUCCUGGUAUAACUGCCAUUUUUGUUGUUGUUUUUCUUUUUUUAAACAGAGAACCAGAGUUCUGAUUGGUAUUUUGUAAAUGUGGGUAGUUUGUGCUUUGCAGGAAGGAUGGCAAAGAAAACAUGAUUUCUGCUUAACAAUUAAUGGAAAGUUAACUACAUUGGCUUGACCUAUUUUAAUGUUUUCUGUGUUACUGGGUAUCACAGAGGUCCUAACUCAUAGACAAUAAAAGAAGUUCAUUGAUUUUUGCCCCCCUCACUUCAGAUAGCAGAAUGAGAGAAGCAGAAGCUUCUGGAAUUAAUCUCAAGGAAGAUUUCUAAUCACUCGUACAAGCCAACAGCCUGAAACAGUGCAGCUGCUCUUUUGCAAAGGAGUGAAUGUAGCAGGGGCAAUAUGUGCCUGCUAUUCAGACCUGGACUAAAAGCGUGGGCUCGUUGGUUAGUGAGGCCACUCCAUGAUUCCUGACUCAGGGCUUCAAGUCAAUGGGCUGUGUGAGGAAGUCACUAGUGAUUCCAUCAUGCUAAGUUCUAAAUGUUCCUGUUAUUAAUUCUCAUCAGGAUUCCACUUUAUAUUGAUUUUUGCCAGUAGAGAUUCCUAAUCCUUUGGAUAUUUAAAAUAGUCAUUGUAAACAACUAGAAAAAUAUCUAUAAUUUAUCUGGUUAAUCUUCAUUUUUUUCAUGCAUCCUUUUUUUUUUCUUCAUUGUACCCUUAUUUUUUAUAAAUAUUCAAUACAAAUGGAUUUAAUGAAACUGAGUUAGUAAAGACUUGAUCAUUUUGACGCAGUAGGAGUUUGUGGCCUUGGAGACUAGAUUGGAUCUCAGGAGACUGUCCCGUGCAUUCCAGCCCCUGAACAGAGUUGCUGCUGUGCUCCAGUGCUGUGGGCAGUCAGGGAAGCACUUGUUGCUUGUGGCUGAGCUGGUGAGGUGGCGAGGGCGCAUGCAUGCACUCCUCUUUACUACCUGGCUUCUUAGAGUUCUGGCUUUUACCUGCCAGGUACUUUGACCAGUCACUGUGGUUGCAUUGUGAGAAGCACUGCUGAAGUUGUUUUUUUUCUGUUUAAAUGCCCUUAAACUUUGAUCAUGUUUGUUCAGUAGAUGAUUGAGGCCCCUGGCAUGUUUGAAUGUUAUGCUCUCUAAAUCCUAGCCAUGCAGAACUCCUAGUUCUUACUUUUAAGAUCACUAUGUAAAUCUGACUUUGUAUACAUUCUUUGCUUUUCCAGAAAGUACUACUGUUAAAAUUGGAGAAGAGUGAUUUCUUCAAUUUGAGAUGUUAGUAGAUUUCAUGAUUUCCAAUAUAAUAAUCUGAACUGUUCAGUGACACCUUUUCAAUCCAUUUAUGUUAUCAGGAACUACUGGCUCAACAGUUCUUAAAGUUUCUGGACAUGUUACUCACUUAGAAAAUAAUUUGGCAGAUUAUUUAUUUAAUAUUAUGAGUUUUACUUCUUUUGCUGCCUGUUGAUAUUUCUGAAUGUUAAUGAUACCUAAUUAACAUACAUAAAUAUGAUUAAGAUCUGGUUUAAGUUUGUUUAGACAGUGCUUAAUUAAUAGCACCAAUGAUCCAUGGAUAAAUACGUAACAGUGUGUAAAUCUUAAAUAGGCACUGUUUUAUAGUGUCCUGUCAGAAGUUUAAACAAAGGAUUUCUUCUGGAUUGUUCUCUCUUGUCCACCCCAAUUAUAUGUACGUUUUUUUCUUCAAGUGUAAGAUUGCUUGUGAUAGACCCCAAUCUGGCUCUCCCUGGUUGGUUUCUUUCAUACGUUUGCUGUUAGAUCUGGUGACUCUAAACUGUGACACUUGAAAUGUAGGAAAGAGUACACAUGAGAAUAAUUUGCUAUCAAGAAAGACAUCUAUUGAGUAGUUGUGAUUUGAUCAUGAUAGUUAAAACUUCUUUUUAAGAGGUACUGUAGAAAUUCAACCCAGUCCAGUCUGUUUGUAGCUUGAUCAUUAUGGGAAAACACACAUGCACACACAUACACACACACACACACACACUACUUAGUACAGUGAGAUGGCUGAACAGGUUCUUGGCCUGAAACUUUCAAUGAAAUUGUCAGUCUAGGUUCAGAAGACAUCUAGGCCGGUUUCCUCUUGUUUACAAUGUACCCAUGACGUAUUCAGAACAAUAAUACUGUAACAGAACUUUGCCUGGAAAAAGCAAAGCAUCUGCCUGUUUGUGUUGUUUAAUAAAGAAUGCCUAAUUUUUAAUAGGAAAAGUCAAAAUACUUUCAUAUCAAACUUCAGUAUAAUUCAUUGCAUAGAAAUAACAAUAUGCCUUGUUUGUUAAUCUAGUCAUUCCAAAAAAAUGUGUACUUUAAGCGACGAAUUUAAGGGGUGCUGGCACAUCCUAGUGGGAAUAUUUGUUUUAUUGCUAAGUAAUGUUUUCUAGUAAAUUGCUUUAGUUAUUGGUACGUGGCAGGCACCAUAUUGGGGAAAAAAAGUAAAAUAAAUUGUUCUCCAUAUAAUCUAAUAACUGGUGAAAUUGAAUAAAGUAUAGUACUGUUUUCAACUUUAAAGGAAUGUUUGAAGAUUUACUUGAUGUGAAGGCGAGACACUUUACUUUGGACAUUGUAUCUGCAUUUUAAUUUUCUCAUAUUGUUAAUGGAGCCUAAUGGCCAGGUGACCGUUUUGGAUAUGAUAAAUAUGCUUAAACAUCUUUUUUUAUUAAUUAAUUUCUUUCCUAAGGUGACUCUUCACAGUAUCCAAUUUCUUUGUGUACGGUGAAUUGUAUUUUUUUAAAGAGAAUAAUUUACAUCAAAAGAGAUGAUAAACACUCAAAAAUCUUAAUUUGUUGGCUCAGCUUAAUGUCCUAAGAAAAUAAUGUUGGGUUCUGUUUAAAAUUUGUAGAGAAAGAACACAUGUGUUUCACUGAUACUUGUGUUCCAAAAAAAACUGCUUAAUUCUCAGCAAUAUGUUGCCUUCUGAUAUUGUAUUGGGGAAAUUCUGUGCUAGUUAAUUUUUUAAAAUUCUGUUUCCCUUUUGCUCAAUCUUGGCAUCCAAACACCUAAAUGAACACAAUCGACCAAUUUAUUUAAAAAAGGAUUUCAAAACAUGGUGGAGAAAUGGAAUUUAGUUUAUUGUAAUACAAAAAAUGAAAUUAAUAUAUAGUGCUUUCAGAAAUAAAUUUCCAUGGGCUUUUUGAAGAUCCCUUUGUAUUAGUGUUUGAAAAUAUUUAUUGGCAAAUAUGGAUAGGGACAUUGAAAUUUUCUGAUGCAAGAUUCUAAGUGUAGACAGUAUGCAUAGAUAUGUGUAUAUAUAGAUAUAGUGCAUAUGUAUACGUAGAGAAAAAAUGAGGAAGUUACUAGCACAUUGCUGAAAUUUAUUUCCAAAGCAAAUUUAUUUUGUGACUGCUUCAUUUAGGAAAUUUUGCUUUGCCUUAAACCAUAGAAAGUAAAUCUGUUUUGUGAUAUAGUUACCUAAUUGUAAUCUUCACCUGACAUGUAGGAGGAUUUAAAAAUUCUGUAGUAACAUAUGAUUUUUCACUUUACUUGAAUUCCUAAAAGUCAGCUUGAAAGCCUCAGCAUCUUAGACCGAUGGGCAGAUCCCUGUUGGAUCAUUGCAUCAAGCCUGUACGCACUUUGUAAUGAAAUGUCCUCAAUAAAAAUCAUCAGCAGUGUAUCCCACUCUUUCCUGACUACAUUUGAACAUGGAUUCCUAUCUUUUCCAUUUUCAGCGGUCACAAUUUCACAGAGCAAAACGUUUUUAGAAACUGAAGAUACGAUCUCUAUGGUAAAAGAAUGUGUUAGUAUCAUCCAUCUGCUGAUCAAGUAGAAACAUGCUGGUAUCAGAAAGUGAGAUAGAUUGUUGUUAUCAAAGCAUUUUUAUCAAUAUAAGUGAUAAAGAAAGAAAACUGUGAACUGCUGAUGUUUGUAAUAUAAAAAUGACAUUCCCGUUGAGUAUUCUGUUGAUUUUGUCUUAAUUUUAUCAUCUUUGAUUUGUAAGUUCAUGCUGAUGUGAGAGCUACAUUUUCAACAUGGAGACAGCGGUCCCAUUGCCUAUUUUUUGCCAUUAAGAUGUUUUAGAAAACAGAUGUCAUCUUAGAACUUAUAUUUUUAAGUGCAAAAAUAAUCACAGCUUGAAAGUCAACAUGUUUUAUUUCUUAAUACUAUAAGAGUAUUCUGCAUUAUUGGAUAUGAGUUUCAGUUGGAUAUUUCCUCAGAGUUCUGUAUUUUCAUAUUGCUGCAAGUGGUUCACCUACAACAUGCAAUUAUUAUUUAAAUAAAUUACAGUUGAUG